AGCAACACAAAACCGUUUUGCUUCAUGGAGUCGGAUUCACAUUGUUGUCAUUGUGUUUGUUGACAGUUUGUUUGACACUUGGACAGGGAUUUUGUGUUUCUAUCGCACAGACGGUGGGCAAACACAAAAUGAAUUGUGUCUGACGUUGAGUGAAGCAAUCGAAUUCAACGCCGGAUUUCAUUUAACAAUCGCCGCUGCAUAAAUUCCUCGUUUCACCGGUUGAUUAUACCGACCAUUCCAACACAAACUCCGCCAAACACAUCUAUCACAAACAUGGAAGUCAAUCUGCAGAAAAUGAUGAGAGAUCCGAGCACGGCCAGCAGUCGUAUUUACAUUGGCAACAUUCCCGAGGGAGUGUCACAGCAGGACAUCCAAAACAAAUUCUCCAAAUACGGUCUCAUCCGAGGCGUCCUGUUGAACCGUGGCUUCGGAUUCGUACAGUUCGACAUCGACAACUGUGCCAAUCAGGCUAUUCAACACGAGAACGGAAGUCAGCUCAACGGUCGAAAAUUGAACGUACGAAAUGCAAUGAAAAACAAACCGAAUGCGACUGAUGCUCAGGUGAAUGUCGGGCCGAUUGUGGGACAGGAUUUGAACCGACAAGCUCGGCCGGUGAUGACACAAAAUUGGAACAAUCGAAGCAUACUGCAGAAUACCAGAGACAUGGGGGGCAUCAGGGACCGGUCGCCGUUGAAUGAUAAAGCCCGCGAAGAAGAUCGAUGGGGAAACAGCAACAAUGGCAACAACUUUCAAGCACCGGCACCAGCGCAAAAUUUCAACGAUCGCAACGACUGUGAGAUUAUUGUGGUCAACAAAGCAUUGACACAAUACGCCGAAGCCGUUGAGGCGCGCCUGAAGAGACUCGGUAUGCUCGUCGACUUAUUAUUCCCGAAUCCCGAUGUACCGAUGGGCAAAGUGCUGGCCAAUAUUUCAUCCAGAGGCAGUCUGUUUGCCAUCGUCGUGACGCCACAAAAUCAAGAGCAUCGCAGCAUCACCGUGAACAUUCUGUUCGGCGAACCAGCCGAACAUCGAAACAUGCCGGUGGACGAUGCAAUCGAAUUCAUUUUUCGCACAUUCGAAGACCAGAUGCGCGGGCCCCGGCCCACAUUGUCAGCGAACGCAACAACGACACCAGUUCUACCGACGGCCGUUCAAAUAACACCGACAGCCAGCUACGCGGCCCCACCACUGAACACACCGCAUCCCGAAGCCAUUCAACUGCUGAUCAACCUGUUAGCCGAAAACCGGCCCAUCACUGUGCUUCAGUACGACCGGGUGAUCAAGUAUUUGCAGGAGCGCCGAGAGCUACAACUGAAAGCGGAAGUUGGCGAUGCACCACCGGACAUACCAAUACCGCCACCGGUCGAUACGGAAGUUGAAUUGCAAAAGAAAAUUUUGGACAUUUUGAACAAGCCGUCGAUAACAAACACACCGAAAGUGGAAGCACCGAAGCCAGCGCCACCGAAAGCAGUUGUCGUUCCAGCGAAAGCGUCACCAUCCGCCACGUCGAACAGUAAACCGCAGCUGUUAAAUGAUCCACAAGUACAGAAAGCACUAGAUUCUUUGCUCAGUGGUAGUAUGUUCAAAUUUUAAGAUAAAUAAACGCCCAGUCGGAAAAAU